CUUCCUCUCCGUGUCGCGUCGCGUCGCGUCUCCCACCCCGACCGAGCGAUCCAGCCAGACCACGCCGCGACAGGAACAGUAGCUGCGAGACCUCGCCGAGGGCGCCGGGCAUGGGCUUCUGGGUGACGACGCUCAUCUUCCUCCUCGCCGGCGUCGCCGUCUCCCUCUCCGCGCUCCUCUGCUGCAACCGCGGGCCCUCCACCAAUCUAUUCCAUUUGACCUUGGUGAUUACAGCUGUAACUUGUGCUUGGAUGAUGUAUGCAAUCGUUUACCUUGCUCAGAUGAAGCCUUUGAUUAAUCCCAUCCUGAGUGGGGAGUGAGCUUUGUGUUAAAAAGAAGUAAAUCCCGACAUGAUGUACCAUUAUUUAGUCUGAGAACUUUUUAUUCAUUUUGUCCCACCUGAAAUAAAGAAAGUACCAUGAGUUUUUCUGCUACUCUUCCUCCAGACAAUCGAGGAGAUGCGCUGUGAUUAGUGUAUGCAAUUGUAUGAUAUACACAAUAAUACUAUUUAUCCUUGCUGCCCGUGCUAUUAUCAGAAAAUCUGGGCACGGGUCGCCAACUUUGUUC